AUGGCUCGCACAGUUUCUGCUGUUGGAGUCCUCCUUUUGUUCAGUCUUCUGCUGCCCUCAGCAGAGGGCAGCAAGAGGAAUCGUGGAUCACAAGGAACCAUCCCUUCUCCUGACAAAGCCCAGCCCAAUGACUCCGAACAGACCCAGCAGCCGCCCCCGCCAUCAGGCUCCAGACCCCGGGGGAAGGAGAAGGCCAAAUCUACUGAAGAGGUGCUGGAAUCAAGCCAAGAGGCAUUGCAUGUCACGGAACGAAAGUAUCUGAAAAGGGAUUGGUGCAAAACGCAGCCGCUGAAGCAAAUAAUCCAAGAGGAAGGCUGCAGAAGCCAAACCAUCAUUAAUAGAUUCUGUUAUGGCCAGUGCAAUUCAUUCUAUAUCCCAAGGCAUAUCCAUAGGGAAGAAGGUUCCUUCCAAUCGUGUUCAUUCUGCAAACCAAAAAAAUUCACCACCAUGGUGGUUACCUUGUCUUGUCCAGAAAUGCAGCCUCCAAUCAAGAAAAAGAGGAUCACACGAGUGAAAGAAUGCCGCUGUAUAUCCAUAGACUUGGACUAGGAGGGAUCAUGGAGGAUAGUCUGCUCACCAAUGCAUUUCCUCCUUCAAACCAGGCAUCUUAACCUCUUUAGGCCUGUCCAAAUGGGACAUGAAUCAAAGAGAAUUGCAACGAAGAGUAUGUGUUACUCCUCUGUAGGUGUGAACUUCAGCUUUGAAAAUCAUUUGGAGUGUACCCUAGGCUUAGUAAUACACUAAUUGCUCCCGCCCUGGGAUUCUGCACUUGAAUCUGUGUCAUUGACUCUCUCACGAUCAUCAGUAGCAGUAUCUGUCAUAGAUUUGGAGGCAUUUUUCACAUUUAGUUAUGUUCCGAGGAAAACGUGGAAAGAAAUUAAGUUAAUUACAGUGAGUGCCAUUGUGAUGGAGAAGGAAGCUUGCAUGUUAUCACCUUCAUUUGGACAUUAAGUAGCCACUUCUACAGCUAAGAAGGAAAGACAAACAGGGAAGGCAGAAAAAUCAAUGAAAGAAAGAAAAGUGAUGUAUACACCACCCUCUUGAAUAUCUUGAGUGUUAUUUCUGAUUGCUUUUCUCAAGCCAACAGCAUCCUUCAAUACUGUAUAUAUUCGUCUAUAAACCUAUCUGCUGAUAAUCUGACCCUUGAAUGUUUUGCUUGGACAUCAACCCAUUUUUCAAGCUAUCAUCUCCCAUUGAAGGUGUCUGCUUUUUGCAUACCAUAAUUGUUGUGGUUGUCUAACCUUCCUCUACUAUAGAAGUAUAGAAAGGAGGGAUAAAGUUUUUUCUCCUUUCUACUUGCUUUCUUAAGUGAUCUGAUUAUAUGGAGGAGAAAGCCAUCAGACAACCCCAUUGCGCAAGCUGAAGUGGCACUAGCUGGGCCUGAAAUAUUCUUGCUACUCACUAAAAUACCAUGAAAAGUGUCUCACUCAUGGCUAAACUGACACUUGAAAUUUUGAUUUGUUUUAAUUUUCACAGUUGGGUUACCCAUGGGUGGCACUUUUUAUGACGUUUUGCUUAAAUAUUUGAGACCCUGCUUAUUUGCAGAUGGGCUUAUAUAGGGAUAUACAUACAAGUACUUAAAAUUUUGGAAGGGAAAACUUAUCAAGAGUACCCGUAGGUAAGUCCAUGGAUAAACCAACCCAAAUUUUGAGGGUUAAUUGGCACCUAAAAUUUUCAGCUUCUCCAUGAGUAUAUAUGGUUAAUUAAUAUUAAUUCUUAAUUGCACAGUUACUCUUUUUAAAGUCAACUUGUCUAAUACGUAUGUUGACAAUUAUUAUAAGUGCAUAUAUGCAUCUUUUACAAAGCCACACAAUGCCCCACAUAGUCAGCUCAUACAGAAAGUGAAGCAUUGCAAUAGCCGUUUUAAACUCCAAAUAUCACAGUUUUACAAUUUUUAGGGAAGAUCCUAAAUAACCUCAUUGAUGCUUCCCAAUUUUUUUUCAAUCUGUCAUGAGUGGAAUAUGGAAGAAGUUAAUGUCUAGUUUUGAAUGUGAAUCUGGCUAAAGAAGUGCUUCUUCCAUGCUGUAAUCAUGACAGAUGCAUAAUCUUACUAGAGAAUUCCAUUUUCAGACAGUCAGAUUCCUGCAUUACACAUAGCUGUUGGUCACUUAAGACAAAAGGGAUGACAGAAUAUACCCACUAUAUAUUUUUUGCACUUUUUCUGAAAGUUGUGAAAGUUAGGAUUAGCUAGACCAGUGUUUUUCAAUACUUAGCAACCUUAUGAUUCAACUUUAACUCUCAGAAUUCCCCCAGCCAGCAUGACCUUAAUUGCAUGAUAUUAAUUGUGGUUGAAUAUAUGCAGAAUGUGACUCUUGGUGAGACUUGUGUGACAUUCAGGUAGCCAGUUUUCUUUACAUGCGUAGCUGGCAGCUGGAAAUCAUAAUAUCCAUGAAGUUGCACUAGGGAAGAGAAUCUGCCUUGCCUCUUCCGUGGAGUGUAUCUCCAAAGCUGACUGGCAAUCUCCUAAAGUGGUGUUAAUACUAUAUCUUUUAAUUACUAUAAUGCUGAUAGUCUAGUAGAUAUAGCAAAGUUAUGGAUCACCUAAUGAUGCCAGCUUCUGUGGAAUAUUGCUGCUUCUUUACAGACAAGAAGAUAGCCUUAAGCAGUGUUGCUGUGUGUAUGUGUAUGUCCAGUCUGGUAUCUGAUGUAGUCUUCUGGGCUGAAAUAUUUGUUGACGAAGAAGUGGUGUUAGAAGAGCUGCAGAAAAAAGCAUUCCCAACUAAUUGGGAAUUUAUGUGGGAAUCAAAUGGAUUGUAGAUUCAACCUGAUCUUUAUGCCUAGUUGCAUUUUUUUAUGUGGAAAAGAGAAGCAAGAAUGUGCUCCAAGACUGGAAGAAACUUGUGAGUUUGUUAAAACAGUGACAAUUAUGUGGCUGCCUAGAAGGCACCAGGUGACAUUUCUGCCUUGUUAAACUGUUGAAUCAAUGGUCUAUAAUCUGUCAUAUUUUAAUCAUUAUCUGGUACAGUGUCUUUUUUGCUGCGUAAUCCCCAGCAUUACGGUGAAUGAUACUUAUUAUAAUGUUAUAGCAUAACCACAUAUAUAUCUAUAUUCCGGAAACACAGACAGUAUCAGGAAGCUACCAAAUACCACCUCAUUAAACACAGAUUUAAAAAUGACUUGUUUUUAGAAGCCACAGCAAUCACAGAGUUAAUUUUUUAAUGCAAUAAUAAUUUACAGAACAGCUGCAGGUACAGACCUUCUGCAUUAGACACUUAAGCCACUAGGCCUAUAACGAGAUAAUAUCCACAUUAGAAUAUCUGCCAUGAUAAAACACCAUUUUCUCUACAUCUAAUCUUUUCAGCAAACUGCUUCCUGAUCUCAUAGGUACGAGUCUAAUAUGCCAGCUUAUAUUAGCACAUUACAGUGCAUCAUAUCCCCAGACUUCAUUUUUUGGUAGGUGAUCGUUAAAAUAUGAUAUCUGAGCUACAAGAAAUAUUUUCCACUAUGUGGAUUGUGAAGUAGAAAGAUAUUUAAUGGCAUUGCCAUGUCUGUAGGAUAUGAGUGUUGCUUAAUUCAGAGCAUGUUUUAGACAACUUCCCUUUCCCUUUUGAACUGUUGGAAGCUUGUGCUGAUCCUUGCAUUUCUUCCAGCAUUUGUUACAAAGGACACAAAGCAAUUCAGCAUUCUGGAUAGGGCCAUUUUGAAGUAAGAUUUGCCAAGAAUAUGAGAUCCUAAUACAAAGGUCCUUCCUGACUCUCUGUACAAAUAGCAGUUUUCAAACAAGCAUAUAUUCUAUAAAGAACCUUUAAUAAUGUUUAUUCUUAAGUAGAACCAUUGUACAAAAAUCAAUUUGUUGUACAUAGAAUUUAAAAUACAACCUUGGAUAUUUAAAUGUGACUUUAAGCCGAUACUACUCCUUGUAGAAUUUCACA